CGCAUGUGAACAUCGUAUGAACUAUAACACGUCGAUGCAUGGUGUCAAUUUGCUCUUAGGGCUGAGGAAUCUUCAGCGGUCCUCUCUCGGAAUAACUGAAACUAAAUCGCACAGCCACUUCGCCAAAGUCAGCUUGAACGGCUGUGUGAGUUGCGCAGCCUUGGCCCCGCAGUGCGAGAUGAUAGGUCUCCCUUCGUCAACUUAAUCUCUGGAUGUCGUUAGAUGCCAUCAACAACAGUAAGAUUAAGCUGGCCAGGGGUGGCUUCUUCAAAGUAUGCACUGGUAGAGCUACAAUGGCAAAGACCAGGAAUGUUGUUUUCUAUAAGAGUCGCCGCCAGCGCUACCAUAAAGUUCCAUCCGGUCACUCGCUAUUCAUAAACCCCGAAUCUUUCAUAUAACCCGAAAAUGCGGUGUAAUCAAUUGUUCCAAGCAACUGUGUUUUCAGUGUUAGUCUCGCUGCCCAGCACGCUGGCAGCGCCGAAUCAACCAUGUCCCCUGCUAAACGCCUACUAUCCUGCUCCGUCCAAUUUGACGUUGAGUAGUCAUAUUGCAUCUGCUGUCGAGAGUUCAGAGAAACAGCUAUUGCAGGCUUUCAAAAAUGGGUCAUCUUUUGGUCUGUUAGACGCAAACACGACUGCGUUUUCUGUGGAAUUAUAUUCUCUUCAUAACGAUCAACCCUUGUUCACCUACCAUCAUACUCCCGAGCUCUUGAGCAGCCAACACACGUCUGGCGUUAGCACUGUCGACUCAAACUCGGUCUAUCGCAUUGGCAGCGUUUCGAAGCUCUGGACAGUCUUCAUCUAUCUCAUUGCUGCGGGUGAUAGUUCAUGGAACCAACCCAUCACAAAGUUCGUUCCGGAGCUCGCUGACAUCGCGCAAAAAAGACCUGCGUCAGACGACGGGAUCAACAAUGUAUCUUGGGAAACGAUCACAGUAGGAGCAUUGGCGAGCCAAAUGGCCGGGAUCAGUCGAGAUGCGGCCUAUUCUGGGGCGUUGGCAGCCGGUCUCGAAUCACUAGGACUCCGAGAUCAAGGCGGCAGUUCGCAUUCGACUUGUGGUGAUGCAGCCAGAUCAAUGCUCCCAUGCAAUCGUACAGCAUUCUUUGCAGAUUUCCCAACUCAGCAUCCUGUCACCCUCUCUUUCAAUACUCCAGUGUACUCGAAUGCUGCAUAUCAGAUACUAAGCUAUGCACUCGAAAACAUCACGGGAUCCUCCAUGGAACAGCUCUUCGCAGACUCCUUGGUUAAACCACUGUCCUUGAACGGUACCUAUUAUAACACCCCAGCAACAACGGACUCAUCCAUGAUUCCCAUCAACUCCACGAUUAGCUGGUGGGAUGGAAAUACUGAAGACGAGACGCCGGCGGGAGGGUAUUACAGCACACUCAACGAUAUGCGCGCCGUUGGGAGAGCAAUGUUGAAUUCGACGCUGUUAGACGCCGCGACCACUCGAAGUUGGAUGCAGCCCAAGGCGUUCACUUCCAACCCAGAUAUUGCGGUCGGUGCGCCGUGGGAAAUCAUCCGUGCACCCGGCAGUCCAGUUUCUUGGAUGUACACCAAGUCCGGUAACCUUGGUAUGUAUGCAUCUCUCGUGGGUCUUCUCCCAGACCUAGGUUUGGGGUUCACUGUGCUUGCUGCAGGAGAGCAUCCUACCACGCAAGUCUCGACGGUGGCCAGUAUUGUUACCGCGAACUUUGUGCCUGCAAUGUGGGACCAAGCGAAAGAUGAGACGGAGGCUACCUACGAAGGCACCUACACUGACGAGACCACCAACUCAACGCUGGCUGUCGCUGUCGCCUCUGACAACUCCGGUCUCAUCGUGGAGCAAUUCAGUCUAGGAGGUGAAGACGUGAUUGCUUUACUGGGGUCGAUGCUAGGAUCGCAGUUGACUAUACGGCUAUACCCUAUGGGACUGAGCGCAGCGGGAAGUAAUGGUACAACCCGAGUUUCAUGGCGAGCCAUCUUCACUCCAUCGUCAAAGUCGGCACAAACACCAUUCAAUACUUGCACUUCCUGGGGAACAGUCAAUCAGUAUAUAUACGGGGGGGUUGGAUUGGAUGAAUUCGUUUUCGUUCUAGACGCCAGUCAAGGGAAUGCCAUCAGCCUUGAGUCAAGUGUUGUUGGAGUGUCGCAGUCAAAGGUUAAGACUGCAACGGGCGGGGUGAGCAUGAUCAAGUGCUGAGUAGAAGUUUUGCAUCCUCGAAUAUGAAAAUGUGUGGAGACGAGUAAUCAGAAGAAAUAGAAUGCGACAAGGAAAUAAUCAAAUGUAAAUAGAAAUAACAUCCCCUGACUCGUGAUGAGUGAGUCAAAAAUUAAGCAGGUGUGCAAUUGAG